GCGAUGUUUUUGUUUUGUAUGCGAUGUUCUGUGUGUUUUGCCAGCAAACAUAAAGCAGCGCUAUUGUUCGCGGUUAUAGUCUACAGUCACAGACAAAUUUUAUCUGCAGUAUAUAUAAAUAUUGAUAAUUUGGUAAAAUAAAUAUUUUCAGAUCUUAGAAAAUUACUUAAACGAUAAAGAAAACAAGGUAAAAGAUUUUUUGGUAAAAGAUUUUUUAAGGCCCCCCCUAUGGCAAUCGAAGCAGCCCUGACAAGAAAAACGAGAUAGUGUGCGGUUGAUCGGUCAUGCAAUCUGUCAAAUAUUCAAAAAAUAAAGUUUGUUUACAUUUUGAACCGAACGAUAGCUCUCACGAUGUACAACGGCGAAUGAUUAAAAAAAGGCUACAUCAGUGAUGAAAAUGUUGUGUGUAAUGUGUAUAAUAAACAGCCGAAAAAUUAUAAAUGGUGGUAGAAUCGACUUCGCACGCCUGAAAGCCGUUUAGGGUAAGUAAAGCAUAGCUAAUAUUUGUAAUAUUAAAUCAAUUAAAGCGGUGUUUUCUAUGCAGCUGUUGUGCAACCGUGUUGAGCCGGCGAACGUUCGAAAGCGGGAAGAAAGAAUGCCGGCAAUCCAACUAAACGAUGUUCGAUCAUGGAAAACAAGUUAAAAAGCAUACAAAGCUCGCUCGCCGUUGGACGCUUGGACAAUUACAUUUACAAUCAUUCGGUGAUCAGUUUGCGAAACGUCUUGCCGCACGCCUGGUACAGGCCCUUCUUGUCCGCCCCGGCAUCGAUCGUGGACUGAUCGUUCGGCAGCGUCAGCAUCAUCACCUUCAUCUGCGGGUAGUUGUGGUACGGCACAGUUCCGGUCGCCAUCUCGAUCGCGGUAAUGCCGAACGACUAGAAGCCGUAUCCGUGGUCCCGCUCCGUCUCCUCCGGCGCCAUCCAGCACGACGUGCCGAUAAACGUGUGGUACACCUUCUGCCGCGACAUGUCUCCAUCGGUGGCGAGCCACGCGCUCAUCCGCUAUAUUUAAGGAGCCGUCGUCGCCGGGCAGUAUGAUGGCCACCUUGAUGUCCACGUAAUGAGCAAUGCGAAAUGUGCUCUCAAUUGGCAAGCGCACAGCAAGAAACGUUACCGACAGUCUUUGUCGCCGUGAAAAUGCUUCUAAUGCACGGGUGAGUUGCAUUAUAACUACAAGCAUACGUUUUUUUUCCUUUCUUUAAUUUCAGCUAAUGCCAGACGAACGAUCGAAUGACUGUUGCUUCGGAAGGGAGGUCGCAUUACAGAUACCGACUUGGACAUGAUCCAGUCGGUCGGUUGCAGUUGCUCCAUGGUGCUUCGGAUAAGGCAACAACGGAGAAGCGCUCCGGACGCUCCGGAGAAGCUGAUCGAGAUCGGCGAAGCGGUGUAGUGUUGUGAUAUAGUGAUUGUGUGUACAUUUAAGGUGUAAAGGGUGAUUAAUGCUAGUAACGUUGUGUAAUGUUAUGCAGAACAAAAUGCAGCAUAAAUGGCGAUGAGCCAGCAUUGUUUAAAGGUGCCGGAUGUUAUACGUUAGAGCCGUUCUUUGUGGUGUGAUGUGUUAACAUAUUAAACCAGUAUUAGGAUUAGGAUAUAAUUAGGAUUUAAACCAGUGCCGUUGAAUAAAAUAGUGUACAACAGGUUAGAAAACAUUCCGUGUAUUUUGUUUUGUUUUUUUAAAGCUCUUUCGAUUACCUAUUACGGAAGCAAAUAUGUUUCACUAAUGUGCAAAAGGUAAGGAAUUAGUGAUCGCGUUGGUAGGUAAUUGCUCGUUUACGGUGUUUCUCCAUUUGUAUUUAUUGUUUCUCGCCCGCUGUGUUUGGUUCCCCAUUCCUCAUAAUGGUGCGUACGUUUCGUUAACAAUGUGCAUUAGAUGGUGAUGUUACAUGAUAAGUAAAUGUUGAGCGUGUUGGCGGGUUUCAAAAAAUAUUUUACUUGUCCUGCUCCGUUGGUUGUCUGGCUGGCUGGCUGGCUGGCUGGUUGGAUGGCAGAAUGGCUCACUGGCUGGUUAGUGCAGACUAU